AAAGCAUUGCAUUUUCAACACUGUAAACCUACGAGCUUAGCAGCCACUGCAACGGCCGCCUCAAACACUUCACACACACUCUCUUCCCUUUUGAAAAUGGAGCUCUGCAUAACACAACCAAUCUUCAGUCUUCCCAACAACAAUCAUAACCUUCUCCACCCUUCAAAUCUAGGCCGCAGAAAAACCUCACUCUCUCUUAAGCAAACCACCUUCUCUCGUUCUGGUUAUGGCCUACGCUCCCGUACGAAACGAAACCCUAGGAACUCUGUAUUUCAGUAACUCACUGCCAAGAGCAAUAAACUCGGAAGAAACGUCCAGUGGUUCAAAUCAGUAUCUCAGUGAUAAACGUGAUGCUGCAGUUAUUGUUGAAGGUGUUCAACCAGUUGAAAAGAGCUUAUACAAUGAAAAUUUAACUACAGAAGUGCCUAAAGAAGAAUCACCUGUGGAUGAGCAAACGAACAAGCUAUUGGAUAAUCUUAAUAUAAAGGUUGACUCUGGAGAUGCAUAUUUAGUUCUUUUAUAUGGAAGUGGUGCAUUGGUUGCUGUGUGGUUGGCAUCAGCAAUUGUCAGUGCUGUGGAUUCUAUUCCUUUGUUCCCUAAGUUGCUGGAAGUGGUGGGUCUUGGCUACACAGUCUGGUUCAGCACUCGCUAUCUGUUGUUCAAGAAAAACAGGGAGGAGUUGAGUGCUAAAAUUGAAGAGCUUAAGCUGCAGAUACUGGGCACAUUUGAUGAUUGAAAUUUGAUGUAGGCUGGAAUUAUAAAGUCGUUUGCAGCUCCAGUGUCAAUGGAUGUAGAGAAAACAUUUUCACAAGUUAGAUGUGUGGGCAAUUCUUCAUACAUUUAUGUUUAUACCUAGACUAUUUGAAGGCAUAUAUCUUUAUUUUAUUCA